GGAAUGGAGUACAGAACAGAAGAAAUUCUUUUGUCGAUGGAAUGUACGGAACGACCUGUCCAAUUCCACCGAGGACCAACUACACAUACACUUUGCAAGUGAAAGACCAAAUUGGAAGCUUCUAUUACUUCCCAUCCCUUGCCUUUCACAAGGCAGCUGGUGGGUUCGGAGGAAUUAGAAUCCUAAGCCGUCCAGGAAUACCAGUUCCCUUCGCUGAUCCCGCAGGAGAUUACACUGUCCUCAUCGGAGAUUGGUACAAAUCUAAUCACACGGAUUUGAAGUCUCGUCUUGACAGAGGAAAAAAGCUACCUUUGCCUGAUGGUGUUCUUAUCAAUGGCCGAAGCAACGGUGCUACCUUAAAUGUUGAGCAAGGAAAAACAUACAGGUUGAGGAUAUCAAACGUUGGAUUACAAAUUUCUCUAAACUUUAGAAUCCAAGACCAUAAGAUGAAGCUUGUCGAAGUCGAAGGGACGCACACACUUCAAACCAUGUUUUCUUCACUUGACGUUCAUAUUGGCCAGUCGUACUCCGUUCUCAUUACUGCUGAUCAAUCUCCUCGUGACUACUACGUUGUUGCUUCCUCCCGGUUCACGGAUAAAACCAUAACAACCGUGGGUGUUCUCCGCUACAGUGGCUCGUCUACCUCAGCUUCUGGUCCAAUCCCCGGUGGUCCCACCAUUCAGAUCGAUUGGUCUUUGAACCAAGCACGAGAAAUCAGGACCAACUUGACAGCUAGUGGGCCAAGACCAAACCCACAAGGCUCAUACCAUUAUGGUCUAAUACCGCUUAUUAGGACUAUUGUGUUCGGUAGCUCAGCCGGGCAGGUAAAUGGGAAGCAAAGAUACGGUCUUAACAGCGUCUCAUUCAUGCCUGCGGAUACGCCUCUAAAACUUGCCGACUUCUUCAAGAUAAGCGGUGUCUAUAAGAUCAAUAGCAUCUCGGACAAACCCAACGGCGGAGGUUUAUACCUUGACACCUCUGUUUUGCAAGUCGACUAUCGAACCUUUAUCGAGAUUGUAUUCGAGAACAAAGAAGAUAUCGUCCAAAGUUAUCAUCUUAAUGGUUACUCCUUCUGGGUUGUUGGGAUGGAUGGGGGACAGUGGAACACAGGGAGCAGAGAUGGGUACAAUCUACGUGAUGCAGUUUCGCGUUCCACGGUCCAAGUGUACCCAAAAUCAUGGACAGCCAUUUACAUUGCUUUAGACAACGUGGGAAUGUGGAACCUAAGAUCAGAGUUUUGGGCAAGACAAUACUUGGGACAACAGGUCUACUUGCGUGUCUUCACGACAUCUACGUCUCUGAGAGAUGAGUACCCUAUCCCGAAGAACUCGCGUCUAUGCGGCCGGGCAAAAGGACGACAUACUAGGCCAUUAUAAGAAAGACGUACAAGCUUACGUGAAAAUUAUGCAUAUCGAUACAGGUACAAGUUAUAUGUUAUUCUUCCCAAGAGUUGCGACGUUAUGAUGAGAGAGGAUGUAGUAGUAAUAUAGUUUGAAAUGAUCUCAGCUCGAGGUCUCAAUUGUUUGUAAUUCCAAAUUCUUGUUUUUCUUUCCAUGCUUUUGUUAUUGAUCGUUUCAAUAUUAUCUUUUUUUGAGAUAUGUCAUUUUCUUGAGUCGGAUCACCACAUGCAUGUCCCAUUCGAAUCAUCAAGUUGUCAAGUACAAACAGAACAAGUCUCCCACCGUGCCACAAAUGGUCGCUCAUGCGGCCAGAUGCAAUCCACUGCACCAUGCUUCACGUCUCCUGCAGUGCAGCCAGCCAAUUUUGACUAGUUUCAAGCCCGCUCAAGCCCACUUACCUUAUUCCUCAAAGAAAGUCUAAGAAAGACCAGAGAGGGCCUCAAGAACUAUAUGGUUUCUGAGUAUUAGGUAGAUUAUGUAUGUUUUUCAUGGCUUCCUACUACCUGAUGGGCGUGGGUUUGACUAACAAGUUUUAUCCUUAAAUGAAAGUUGCAAAUACACAAUAAUAACAGUACUAUAUUAAAGAAUAAAAUCCAUAGAGAUUAUUGUUUUGCGAA